AUGGCUUAUAUGACGGCGAGGGUGACGCUGAGGAGGACGACGAGGACAAUGUGUGGGGCCUGGAGGGGCUGGACGAUAACGAGGUGGAGGCGAGUGCGGAGGGUGAAGACAGCGGCCAUGCGCAUUAUCCUGGUAGGCCGAGACCGUAUCCUGACACUGGCCGGAGUGAACAUGUCCGAGACCAUGGGGGAUGAGCAGUACAGGCUCGAGUCGCUGGUGGCUGUCAGUGUGUUCCGACUGAAUCUGUCGGGCAUGAACAAGGUGCUCUACAAUGUGCUGCAGAUGACGCCAGAGUAUGCCGAGAGUGUGGAUGAUGAGCUGCCUCGCCGCCACCAGACCUUAAAGCGCGACAAUGCAAUCGUGAUCCUGCCCAAGGGCCUGCUCACUCAGCCGCUGUCCCUGGGAGACUUUGUGGUCCCAUACGAUGUGCUGGCCAAGUCCACGCUGCUGCGCACGGGGCGACGCACGGCCAAGGGGGUGAAGGAGUACUGUGCGGUGCCUGCACUGGGUAUCGCAGACCGCUACGGGGCCUUCAUGCAGCAUGCCAACGAGGCGGUGGGAGUGAUUAUGUGGAGCCUUCACAAUGUGCUGAAGCGUGUGCUGGAAUUUACGUCCAGCCAGAGGUUUGUAGGUGAUGCGCGACCCAAGACCCAGAAGCUGGUGGUGGCUGCGGUGCAGGGCAAGGCCACAGCCAAAAAGGGCAAGGUAAGUGUCGCCAGUCGGAAGCGCAAGCCCACGAUGCCUGAUGUGGAGACUGUGCGCGAGCGGUCACGACAUAUCAAGCGUCGCCUUAUCCAGUCGUCGGAUGAGGCCGAGGAGGAGAGUGAGGAGGAGAGUGAAGGCGAGAGCGUGUGUGACAGUGACGACGAGGAAAUUGGGGAGACGGAUAUGUAG